GGCGAGCCGCCCCGGCCGCCUCCCCUCUACCCAUCAGCCCUUCCUCUUUCCCCAUGGCCCCCGCAUCUCAGAGCCAGCGGGAAGGGCCUCUGCCCGCCCUCACCUUUCCGCAGGAGGAAGCCACCCUCGACGAGAUGUUCCGCGAGGUGGAGGAAUUGAUGGAAGACACGCAGCACAAGCUGCAGAGCGCUGUGGAGGAGAUGAAAGCAGAGGAGGAAGCCACCAAGGCUUCAUCAGAAGUCAUCCUGCAAAACCUGCCUCCCAAUUUCCACAAUGACUCCCACAUGGAAGUCAAGGUUGGCAACAAAACCAUCCACUUGCACCAGGAAAUCGACAAGGUAACCAACAAUCAAACUGGACAGACGGUUGUUUCGGAAACUAUUAUUACCACCAUCAAAGAUGGAGAGAGCAAAAAAAAUCACGAAUGUAUCAUCGAUGAGGACUGUGGGACAGGGAAAUAUUGCCAGUUUUCCAGUUUUGAAUAUACUUGUGAACUCUGUAAAAGCCAACAAACACUCUGCUCAAGAGAUAGCGAAUGCUGUGGGGACCAGCUCUGUGUCUGGGGUCAUUGUGUAAAAGGUGCUUCAAAGGGUAGCAAUGGGACCAUCUGUGACAACCAGCAAGGCUGCCAGCCUGGCCUGUGCUGUGCUUUUCAGAAAGGGCUCCUCUUUCCUGUGUGCACACCACUGCCAGGGGAGGGAGAACUCUGCCACGACCCUUCUAAUAGACUACUGGAUCUCAUCACAUGGGAGCUGGAGCCUGAUGGGGCACUAGACCGGUGCCCAUGUGCCACUGGUUUAAUCUGUCAGCCACACAGGCACAGCUUGGUGUAUGUGUGCGAAUUAUCCUUCAAUAAAACGAGGCAUGAAGACAAAGAGCAGGCAAUGGCAAAUGAGGGCCUUCUGUUCAGCUUGCUGCCUGGGGACAUUACCGAGGACCAGGAUGAUGAUGGAGAACUCGUUCAGGAAGUCCGUAGGGAACUGGAAAACCUGGAGAGAGAUCUGUCAGAAAUCUCUCUAGAUGAGCCUGCUGUGACUUCUGAUCUGUUUUAUGUAGAUGAGAUUUAAAUGGACAAGGACAGCUUUGUAAUCUAGUCUUUUUACAAGUGUAAUUUGUGUAUAUUGUCUUGCUUGUAUAGGCCCCAAACACAUUCAUCAUUGGAUAGAAGUGCAAUUCAAUAAUUAAUAUAUUUUAAGAGGGAAUAUUCUUCAUGCAUGUCCAGACGAGAUUUCUUUCUCGGUGUGUUUUGAGUUCAUUUAUACAUCUGGACCAAAAAAGGUUGCAUUAAAAAAUUAGUUAAUUAGGCUUGCUAUGUUUUUGGCCAGAUGACUCAAAAUUAUAAACUAGAUAUAUAAAAAAAGUGAAUUCUCACUUUUGUACUUGCUCAGCUUAAAUUAUCCCCAAUGUUUAAUAUGAAUGGUAGGGAAAUGGCAUUUCUAACCCUUUCACAUUGGUUUGCAAGUUUUUGGUAGGAUGAGCUUUAAUGGGAAACAAUUUCCCCCACUAAUGGUUUUUUAGGGGCAGUGAACUUUAGCCGUGUACAGAAUUCCUUGUAAUUUUGAAAAUAUAAUCAUGGUGAA